AAAGGUUUAAGCCGAUGUUGUGAGAAAAUGACGCUUAAUCCUGCAUCAGCCAAUGACAACUCGAAUCAAACUUAACCCAAACAAUAGGACUCAUUAACAACAGAAAUACAGUAGGUGAUAUAUCAACUGUUUGACGGUAAUUAAUUGGAAAAGCGUAAAUUGAAAAACUAACAAUUUCGUCCAGAACUGUGGAUGUCGCGGAGUGUGUCGAAAACGAAAACCGCACUGUAACAAGCAAGAAUGUCUGAAGAUCUUCGAGGCGAUGAAAAUGUACCUCGGUAUCCUCGCUGUGCGAGAUGUCGGAAUCACGGCGUUGAAUCAAUUUUGAAAGGUCAUAAGCGAUUCUGUCAAUGGAAAGACUGCUCCUGUUCAAAAUGCAGCUUAAUAAUUGAGCGACAGCGCCUGAUGGCGGCGCAAGUGGCGCUCAAACGGGAGGAGGACGAGGUAACACCGCCAGCGCCCACGGCGGUUGGCCAGUUUCGGAACACUGCCGUCAGCGUGGACCCCGGCUGUGUAGUGUAUCGGCCACAAGCGACAGGUUCAAAUGAAGUAUUACCCAGCAUCAUAUGCCCAACAUCUGCACAGUUCGAUGCUAACAAUAACACAGCUUUGAAUGACGUUGAUCCGGCCAUACACUCUUCGCUUUCAUCGGUGCCAGGCCUGAAGCGCAAGUUCUCAGAAAUGGAAUCGUCGUACCCCUCCCCCCCUGAGGCAGGAGAUGACAGUGUGUUUUAUGACAGUGAUGACUCAAACGGCCAACCAAAUGGUGACAUCCGGGAUUACAAAGAACCAAGCAAACACAACAAAGAACGAGAUUCUUUGACUCGUACGGAUGACAGCACUAACGAGAAUCUGAAGAGUCCUGGAAACCAGAAUCAAAGUUACCAAGGAAGACUGCAUCCGUUAGAGCUCCUUUCCAGACUCUUCCCAACUCAGAAGCGGAGUGUGCUGGAGCUGAUUUGGAAAGGUUGUCAUGGAGACGUAUUGAGAGCAAUAGAAUGUGUACUUCCGAGUCAUGAAAAAGCAAUGGCUUCGCUUAACUCACCUGAAAAUCCUGUGAUGCACUACACUGCAGGAAUGCAUCCAGGCUUUAUUACUCGCCAAACACGGCCAGCUUAUCAAGGCCCUGUGGGACCUGCACCUGGACGCUAUCAUGUUUAUGGCUCGGCACCAGGUUUCUCAUACCCAAUGGUCGAGUAUCUACACCAUCAGAAGCGCAGCCUGGGACAAAAUUGUUCAGCCAAUGACAACGAGCUUGCAUAUAGUACGGUUCAGGGAAGUGAACAAACAAAUAUUGUGGGAAAAGUUUGUCCGGAAUGUUCAACCAAAUGCCAGUCGAGCAGUAACUUUUGCAGUUCGUGCGGAAAAUGCUUUAAAGAGACAUAGUUACUAAUAAUUGUUUUAAAUUUCAAGGAAGUUUUCCAAAUGACGGUGUAUCUGCGCAAGUUAGCAAAUUUUGCUUGAAAUGAAAUGUAGCGAGAUGUACCAGGAUUAGCUUAAGGAGACAGUUUAAAUUUUUCCCCAAUACAACUUUUUGACGCCUUUGUGAGAAAACCUGAGAGGAGAGAGUUCCAUUACUCAGGAAGUUAGGAAGAAAGAAAAAGCUCGCUCUGUCGUCAUGCGUGAACCACAAGCUCCUGGUGUGAACCUUUUUGCCCUGGGUCCCAGCCUUGAGGACCUAUGUACCUUAAAUGAGUGCUGUUUAAAAGGGUGCGAGAUUCAUCCCAGCAUUUAUUUGGUAUCAACAGGAGUCACUGAGUAAAUUCUAAAAAACCUGUUUGCCACUCAAAAAUAAACUCAUUUUUGACAAACUAUCCUACAUGUACUCCGGGUUACUCAACUGGUGUCCAAUCAUAGUCCGUAAAAACAACACUUGAGUGAAAGCU